GGGGCAGUUUGAAACAUGGAUGGCUGCACUCGCCGGUGCCUGAACGAUCCGGCGAGCGGGCGGCCAGCCCGGCGCCACCCCGCCUCUCCUCCGCCCACCGCCCCUCAGAUCCCGCCCCGCCGGCCCCGAGGGCUCCUCCUCCUCCUCCUCCUCUUACAGCUCCUCUUUCGCCGCCAUGUUUCGCGGCCGCCGCGCCUGGUUCUCAGAAAGCGUCAGCCGGGGCCCACGGGAGCUGUGGGAAUACACCAGAGCCUUGAUUACUUGGAGGGCAGAGCUACGGUCUUUCACUCCUAUUACCUCUCUGUGUGGGCGAGCACCAGCGUGGGAGCAAAGCCAUCAGUGGGUCUAGGCCACUUUGUCCUGCCACCCGCCUGCCUGCAAGAAGAAAUCAGAAGGAAAAUUGGUAGUUUUAUUUGGGAGCAGGUGGAUGAGUCUCUUGCAGAACAGCCCAGUGAAAAUCUGAUGGACAAACUGGAGGCGGCAAGAAAAGGCUGUGAGGAAGAAGCGGAGGACACGCUAGACCUGGCUGAAAGCAGUGAAGAAGAAGGCUCCAGGGAACCUGCCCAGGGGGAAUUCCCAUACCGUGCCCUCCAGGAGUACCCAAUGAAUAACAUGGUGACAGGCUACACCUCUGCUCGUGACAUGAAGAAGUAUGCUGGAGAGCUCUGCGAUUUCAUUCCCGGCACCUUGGGCUACACGGCGUAUUGGAUUCAGAACGAAAUUAACAUUUUCUCUAACAUGAAGACUAAAAUGAAGAAAAAGUUUUAAGUAACCAGGGCCGUUAGCAUGGAAAACUUCACUGCUGGAGAGCUACCGGUCAUGUUCAGAAAUUUAAUCCUGCAGCAAAGAGGCUAAGGCACCUCAUUGCUUGCUCUCUUCCGCAGACCGGUGGUCAUUUUACCUGUCAGUCUGUGUUCUCCCCGUCUUGUAGUUGAAUAGUAAAGAGAUUGGUGGUAUUGAGCUGCAAAUUCUGAGUUAAAUCUCUGUACUACUUAGAGGAUUUAUAAAUUGUCCCUGCUUGGCCUAUCCUGACUGUAGCUCAGUAUUUAAAUACCAGGCUACAUUUACUGUAAACAUUUUCUUCUAUUUGAAACAAAAAUUUCACAGCAAACUUAAAUAUAGACGUUUAUCCCAAAAUCACA